GGCUUCCAGCUCCCAGACGCCGCGGCCGCGGCGCCACCUCCGCAACGGGGCUGUGGUGUCUAACCUGGCCCGCCCAGCCCGUGGGCCAUGGAGCGCAGAGGAGAGGACGGUCCCCAGCCGGCGCGCCCCAACCUGCCCCCCGGGAUGAGAUGGUGCUGAUGGUACUGCCAGUGUUUGGGGACUUUAAGAUGCCAUCUCCCUGAACCCUGGCCUGUCUCCCCUGACUCAGUUUCCUCGAUAGCCUUGGAUCCGGCCUGCCCUCCUCUACUCCCAGCUCUGAGUCCCUGGGUCUUGGCAAGGAUCCAGUUCCCACCCUUUGCCCUCCUGAGCCCUGGAGACGGCAGCGCCCGGGCUUCUGAGCAGCGGCGGUGGCAGCAUGAAGGCUCCGGGCCGGCUCCUGCUCAUCACCCUGUGCUCCUUGGUCUUCACUGCUGGCUACAUCCUGCUGUGCAUCUGGGCCUGCCUGCCCCUCUGCCUGGCCACCUGCGUGGACCCCCAUCUCCCCACUGGUUCCAGGCCCACCGUGCCGGGACCCCUGCACUUCAACGGAUAUAGCAGCGUGCCAGAUGGGAAGCCGCUCAUCCGUGAACCAUGCCGCAGCUGUGCCGUGGUGUCCAGCUCUGGCCAGAUGCUGGGCUCGGGCCUGGGCGCGGAGAUUGAUGAUGCCGAGUGCGUGCUGCGCAUGAACCAGGCGCCCACGGUGGGCUUUGAAGAGGACGUGGGCCGGCGCAGCACUCUGCGCGUGAUCUCACACACGAGUGUGCCGCUGCUGCUACGCAAUUACUCACACUAUUUCCAGCAGGCCCGGGACACACUCUACCUGGUGUGGGGCCAGGGCAGGCAUAUGGACCGGGCGCUCGGCGGCCGCACCUACCGCACGCUGCUGCAGCUCACCCAGAUGUACCCGGGCCUGCAGGUGUACACCUUCACCGAGCACAUGAUGGCAUACUGCGACCAGGUCUUCCAGGAUGAGACGGGCAAGAACCGGAGGCAGUCAGGCUCCUUUCUCAGCACCGGCUGGUUCACCAUGAUCCUUGCCCUGGAGCUGUGUCAGGAGAUCGUGGUCUAUGGAAUGGUCAGCGACAGCUACUGCAGAGAGCAGAGCCAGCCCUCGGUGCCUUACCACUACUUUGAGAAGGGCCGGUUGGACGAGUGCCAGAUGUACCUGGCACAUGAGCGGGCGCCCCGCAGUGCCCACCGCUUCAUCACCGAGAAGGCCGUCUUCUCCCGCUGGGCCAAGAAGAGGCCCAUCGUCUUCGCCCACCCAUCCUGGAGGGCCGAGUAGCCCCAUCACCUGGCUGUCCAGUCGCCAUUCAAGCCGAGGCCACCACACUCCACAAAACACAUUUGCUUUAUGGAUUCUGCCUCCUGCCAGAUGCCAGGCGGACAGAUGGCCCCUUCCUGCCCUCGCCCAGGGACACUUGGAGCCAUCUUGGACCUUAAGACUUGAAUGGGAGAUGAGGGGGGCCACAGCGACCUUUGCACCCUCCUGCCCAUCCCUACUCCCAAGUAAUCUGAAUCUUCAUUUGGGGGUUCAUCCCACCUCUGGGCCUGUCAUGUGGCCUCCACACCCGGAGCUGAUGGCCCCCUGCUCACCAGCAUUGACCUUGCACCAGCCCUGGUCUUUCUCUUCUCCACUCACCCACCUUUGGUGCCACACUUCCCGGGCUGAUUGUCCUGUUGCCAGUCCCCUGGACAGGGCAGCCAAGAACUUGGGGUUUGCUGGGUAAAGGGGCCUUGGAAAUGUGGCUGCCAGGGCCAUCUCAGGAGUGUACGGGUAAACUUGUAUUUUCCAGAUGCCUGUCUCCAGCAUGCUCGUGUGUCUGGGGAUGCACUCCCUGCCACAGUCCCGUGACCUGUUGAUUGGAGGGCAGGCUGAGUCUUGUGGGCUGCUUCCCCAGGCCCACAGCCAGCUGGGCUUUGGAGCAUUUGAUCCACCUGCAUGUUUCUUCUCCCACUGGGGUCACCAGCCCAGCCCCCCUUCCCCCACCAGGUCAAGGAGCCUCCUGGAGGGUCUGGCCCCUUGGCUGUGCCUGGCCCAGGAAACUAACCCCAAUUGAGACGUUUCUUUGGGACCCCCACCCUGCCCACCCAUGAGAGGAAAGUCUGGUGCCAGGGUGAGGGUGUGGGUAGGGAGGGCUCUGGAGCCAGAUCUGGCCUCAACCUGGCUCUCGCUUCCUGCUGUGAGACCCUGGCAGGUCAGUGCUCCACUGUGGGCCUCCAUUUCCUCAUUGAUAAAAGAUAUAAAGAUA